AUGGACGUUUUUGUUGCACUCGGGAUAAAGGUGAAGAAUCCAGAUCAAUAUGGCUCCAAUUCAAAGAGACAUAUCAAUUCUGCAGUGCCCCUGACAAGUACUAAGUCAAGUGGAGCUGACGCUUCAGAUAAAUGCAGAAAUAAGAUCAUUCUCUACUAUAUGUGCAUGUAUAUGCUAGAUCGAAGACUCGCAUGCUAUCACAUCGAGGAGAGCAGCCAGAUCAUACAUACGCUAAUAGUAGACAACUCUGAUCUUGGCAGUUCUGAUGAGGUUACUAACCUCUUGGAGAGGGUAGAGGCUACCGUCGUACAAAACUUUUCAAACCCAAAUCGCAGGGAAGGUAUGAAGUUGCUGAGACCAAAAGCAACAAGAGAAAAACGUGGUGUAACAUUUUUCACCGAGGGUAGAGCCUACCAUCGUACAAAACUUUUCAAACUCAAAUCGCAGGGAAGGUAUGAAAUCACUGAGACCAAAAGCGACAAGAGAAAAACGGGGUGUAACAUUUUUCACCGGUUUCUUUCUAUUUGGAGUAUGGUCAACCACGAAUUGCUUGCUAGGGGAGAGGAAGCUGCUGUAUCAUGA